CCGAGAGGUUUGCAGCCAAUUCCACCGCCUCUGCCAACAGUGGCUGAAGCCAAGGAGACUCACCAAGGCUCAGAUGCUGGACCUGGUGAUCCUGGAGCAGUUCCUGGCUGCCCUCCCCCCGGAGAUGCAAAGCUGGGUCAAAGAUUGUGGGCCGGAGACCAGCGCCGAGGCAGUGGCCCUGGCUGAAGGUUUUCUCAUGAGCCAAGUGGAAGACCAGAAGGAGGCUGAGGCGCAGGAGAUGUCAUCCAAAGCAACCUCACAUUUCAUGGAGGCAGAGAACACCCUGCCAGAUGCCACCGAGAGGCCACUGUUCAGGGAGAUCAAGCAGGAGCCUGACAUGGGCACCACCUCUCUGGGAUGUCGAACAACGUUUGGAGACAGCGAGAUGGCCCCAGAGGUUCUUCUAGGCCUCCUCCUCUUUGUGGUGGACUGGAAAUGGCUUCUGCCCAGUUGGAACAGGCUCCCGUGUCCCUUGAGGAGGUGGCAGUGGAUUUCAAAGAGGACGAAUGGGCUCUGUUGGAUCCGGGCCAGAGAGCGCUGCACAAAGAAGUCAUGGAGGAGAAUUAUGCGAGUCUGGUAUCUCUAGGACUACCAGUUUCCAGAUCUGACAUCGCUUUGCAGAAAGAAUGGGAAAAUGCACUCACUGAGGGCUCUGAAGAAGAGGAGAAAUUAGCAGGCGAUGGGAGUGAUGGUGAUGAAGAAAACAGUCCUCAAAGAAAGAAAACUGAACAAAAGCAGAAGAAGCGCUUGACUUCUGUAGGGACUGGCUUCCGUGAAGUUCCUAUACUGGCAGAACGUCAUGCGGGAAACAAAAGGAAUAUGGAGAAUGGAGAGAGGCUGUUGAUGUGCUCAGAGUGUGGAAAGGGUUUCAUUGGCUGGAUGAAUCUUACUAAACAUCAGAGAAUCCACAUGGGAGAAAAACCACAUGAAUACUCAGAGAACAGGAAGCCAUUCUCUCGCAGCUCAGACCAGGGAUUCCAUGUUGGCACAAAGCCCUAUAAAUGCUCAGAGUGUGGAAAGAGCUUUGUUCAGAGCACGUACCUGAGAGUGCAUAAAAGAAUUCACACAGGGGAGAAGCCGUACAAAUGCUUCGAGUGCGGAAAGAGCUUCGGCUGGAGCGGAAACCUCAACAGGCACCACAGAAUCCACACAGGGGAGAAGCCGUAUCAAUGUUCCCAGUGUGAGAAGAGUUUCCGUCACAGAUCAAGUCUUAAACUUCACCAGAGAAUUCACGGAGGUGAACGCACUUUAUAAACAUCGAGGUUUUGGUGGAAUACAUACGUUAAUUCGCAUUACAAAACUUGCACUUGGGAGAAACUCAACGGCCCUCCAGCUGUUUUGGGACUACACUUCCCAUCAUCCCUGACCACUGGUCCUGUUAACUAGGGAUGAUGGGAGUUGUAGUUCCAAAAUACCUGGGGGGCCAAGUUUGCCUAUGCCUGGAUAGUGGAGCGUGGAUAUUCUGGUAUCCCUUCAGGAGAAAGCACAUGAAUAAUUACAGCAACCUUCACAAUCUGAUGCCCUCCAAAUGUUUUGGACUACAAUUCUCAUUGGCCGCGUGCAUCACAGCCACUGGGUUCCCCCAAAGAACAUGGGUGGUGUUUGGUAUUUUGUAGCAAAAAUCCACCUUCCCACCAAAAUACAGAACAACCACAUAGGAUUUGCACCAACCUGGAGCUACGAUACUUUUAUCACUGUCCCGUUGUGUUUGAAAGG